ACAACUCUUUCUUUUGUCAAACAAGAAACAAUCUUCUCUCAAACUCAAACGUAGUAAACCAAGCAAUUAAAGACCUAACAUUAAUGGCUGUUUCCAACGUUUUGAAGCUCUCGUUGCUGGUGAGCCUUCUGUCUGGUCUGUGGCCAGCAGAGAAGACCCAACACAAUAAGAGCUUAGGAAUAUUUCCACCAACAUGUAAUCGGAUAGAGUGCCCAAGCUUUGAAGUAGUUGAUGUGGGAAAUGGGUACGAGAUUCGCCGUUACAAUUCCACCAUGUGGGCUUCAACAUCUGCCAUUCAAGAUAUCUCCCUUGUUGAUGCCACCAGAACUGGUUUCUUGCAGCUAUUUGACUACAUCCAAGGGAAGAACUACUACAAAGAGAAAAUAGAAAUGACAGCACCAGUGAUCACUGAAGUCUCGCCAAGUGACGGGCCAUUCUGCGAAUCUUCAUUUCUGGUGAGCUUCUACGUGCCGAAGAAGAACCAGGCGAAUCCAGCCCCUGCCAAAGGCUUGCAAAUUCAGAAAUGGAAGCCAACUUAUGUGGCAGUGAGACAGUUUGGCGGCUUUGUAUCCGACUAUGAGAUUGGAGAGGAAGCCGCUGCACUACAAGCCAGCAUUGUCGGCACAGUGUGGUCCGACGCCAUCGAAAAGAGCCAUGGAAAAGACCGUACUACGGUUUACACAGUUGCGCAGUACAAUUCCCCGUUCGAGUUUGACAAUAGGGUGAAUGAGAUUUGGUUGCGGUUUGAUCUGGAAGAGUAAAGACGAGGCUGUAAUGUAGGAGUUAAGAAAGGAUUGUGUAUGAUGCAGACUUGAGGAAAGAAGAGAGUUUCGAAAUGCUUCGUGGUGAGGAAAUGUUUGCUUUGUGUAUUGCUGUCGAACUCGUCUUGUUAGAAUAAAUUAUAGUAUGAAAUGGGAUUAGAGUUUUUUCCCCUCUUAA